AUGACACUCGCUCCAAUCCAUCAAUCAAUAUGCACAACCUGCCGCCUUCGUUCUCUUGUGGCCGCGAAGCAGUACGCCAGAGCUAGAACACCAACCUCGCGAGACUGGACACGACUGAGACAACCUGUUUUCUCACGAUACCUACAUGCCUCUAGUACCAGUCUGCAAAACCAGAAAUUCGCCGGGAAGGACCAGGACUCUGCCUCGAAUGGCAGCAUUAAAGAGUUGGAAGAACAAUUACAAUCGCUGGACAAGAGGCUACAAACGGAACAAAUAGCGCGGCACGCCGAGGAGGACUUUGAACUGGAAGAUAUAGAAACACUCGCCACCGGAGACGCAGACGCUUCGCAAGAAGCCAGAGCGGUAAAUGCUUCGCCUGAAGAUGUCGCACGAGCAGCACGCCAACGGUUUGGAGACGCACUCCCGGACGGUGUUUUGAAUGAGGAGCAAUACACAGCAUACGAGCGUCUAUAUGGACCCCCGAUCAGCAAUACUGUGGACGAGAUUGUCGACUUUGAGGAGAACGAGGUGGAAGGAGAACUGGACGAAACAAACAAUGUUGGCACUGGCCUAUUGCGAGAAAGCGAAGAUGGCGUGCUCGAAGAAGUCGAGUACAUCGAGGAGGAGGAUGAGGAAUUCGAUGAAGAGGAGGGAGAAGAGCUCAUGGAGGGAGAAGAGGCGGAUGCAGAACUAGAUGCGGAUUCUGCUGCUGCAGGCCUGGAUGCUCAAACACUCAACGAUCUAGCUGCUCUACGGUUGACUCCCGAACAAGAGCUACUUGAAGACUCGGAGGAACUGCCUGCUGCACCUUACGAUCACACACGAUCACAUCCCUUGACCGAGGCCAACCGCUACGGCACACCAUCUUCUACUGUGCAGUUGCCGGCGUCUACAUUUGUCGAGCCGGUAACUCGACUGGUCGCAGGCAUCCCGAACAAGCACAUUUCCGAGGUAGCUCACCGCAUCCUCGGCGGUGUUGGUCUUCCAUACUCGACAUCAACGCCACAGCGUGCGGUAAACAUGCCGCAGAAAGCCAUACCCCUUAACCCUGGACAAGGCAGAAUGAGCGAUAUGGACGCGGAUAUCUUCAUGACCACUCUUAUGCCUGGUAUCUACGCCAGUGUGUACAGUGUUCUGGUAGAGACACGCAAGCGGUUGGGCAGUUCAUGGCUCGAAGGCUUGCUCACCAAGGAAGGUGGACCUCGCAUCCUGGACGCUGGCGGUGCAGGUGUAGGCGUUAUGGCCGCAAGAGAUGUCUUACAAGCAGAAUGGGAACGCAUGCAUGACACCAGCGAAGACGAAGACCCCUUCAUGGCCAUUGCAGAAGCAGGCGGCAAGACCGGUGGCGAGUCCAUCCCUGCACCUGUCGGAAAAGCCACCGUCUUGACCAGCAACGAAGCUUUGAGAUACCGCUCUAGCAAGCUUUUGGAGAACACGACUUUCCUCCCUCGUUUGCCUGACUACAUGCACGCUAGUGAUGAGUCUGCUCGUGAGCGCGGAAAGUACGAUAUCAUCAUUGCACCUCACACUCUGUGGCCGCUGAAGGAAGACCAUAUCCGCAAACAGCAUGUCAAGAAUCUAUGGAGUUUGCUCAGCACAGAUGGUGGUGUCAUGAUUAUAUUGGAGAAGGGCAUCCCACGUGGUUUCGAAAUGGUCGCAGCAGCACGGGAAAUGCUUCUCAACUCACGCAUCUCUUCGCCCGGCAAUGAAGAAAAGGCCGAGGAUCUGGAUGCACCAGGUGAGGGCACAGUAUGGGGAAAGCAACCAAAGGACAAGGGUAUGAUUGUUGCUCCCUGUACAAAUCACCUGGGCUGUCCCAUGUACGUCAAUCGUGGUGUCAGCAAGGGUCGCAAGGACUUCUGUUACUUCAAGCAACGGUACAUUCGUCCUCCUUUCUUGCAAAAGAUCCUUGGAGCCAAGCACAGAAACCAUGAGGAUGUUGAGUUCUCAUACAUCAGUGUGAUGAGAGGUCGCGAUCUUCGGGACAAGGAUGAGGAAAACAUCAUUCAGGGAGAUGUUGCUACAGACAGAGCUUUCAUCGGUUUCGAGAAUCCUCAAGCUGCGGCCGAGAAGGCUGAGGACGACCCCCACUCAUUGAGUUUACCACGCGUGGUGCUGCCUCCGUUGAAGCGUCAAGGUCACGUCAUCAUCGACAUGUGUACACCAGCAGGUACGCUCGAGCGAUGGACAGUACCAAGAAGCUUCUCCAAGCAAGCCUACCGCGACGCACGAAAGAGUCAAUGGGGAGACAUCUGGGCCCUAGGAGCCAAGACCAGAACACCUCGCAACGUGCGAGUUGGCAGAGGUAAAGAAGAGCUCGGCGGUGUCGAGACCAAGAAGAAAAAGAACAAGGGCAAGAACACUAUCGAAGUGGGCUAUGAUUCGCAAGGUAACAUCAAGGAGGAAGAUAUCAAGGUCAAGACUGGUGGUCGCAUGAGACAGGGACCCAAGGUCAAGGGCAUCAGAGACAAGCGUGACAAGAAGAGCGACGGAAGGGGAAGAAGAAAGAACCUCGACAAGGAAUAA